UUUCAGAAUGCCAUCAUCAUCAAUUCGGAAAAAAGUAUGCGGCCUAAUACGUACCACGUUUUCAUCGUUAACUCCUGAUAGUGGUAACGAUAAUGAUAAUGACAAUGAUGAUGAUGAUGAUGAUGAUGAUGAUUUAAUUGGUAAUAAAAAUGGUAAACAUUUUGCAAAUAAUGGUACUACCACCACAACUACAACAACUACUACUAAUUCGUGUUUUCUUGAUGGUUGCUCACCGUCAACGCCAACAUCCAGUAAUUCCUUCAUUUCACAAUGCAUUUUUAAAAGCAGGAAAAAUGGUGCAAAAUAUGGAACGGAAAUUUAUUCUGGGAAAACGGGUCUUGAUUUGCCGAUUCUGCUUUUAGAACCUUUAUCUAGGAACGUUUGUGCUUCCUAUACUGGUCCGGAAGGUGGACUUAUGGAGGUGGGUGGCAUACGUCGUCAACCGAUUGUCCGAAUGGCAAAUUUAGAUGAUGAACUUUGCUUAAGUUUUGAUGGUGAUUUGUCGGUUGAUAUAGAGCGUUCUUUAAAUGAUGAAUUUGAAACUGUGCAGCACAAUCAUUUGCGACAAUCGUCAUCCGGUUUGAUAGGUUCAUGUACAUCACUGAUUGAUUCACUCAAUAUGGGAGAUGCAGCAUUGCGAUCAGAUACUGAAAGUUAUAACUGGAAUUGUUUCGAUGAAGAACGCUGCUUCGGAUUAUCAACAACACUUUAUGAGCAAAAUCCGUUGACAGGCGUGAAUGCUGGCAAUCCAAUAGCAGAUGCUUUUGGUAUUGUGGCUCGGGAUAAUAAUGUUGUAAUGGCAUUGGCGGAUGGUGUUAACUGGGGCGAAGGAGCUCGCCUAGCUGCACGAUGUGCUAUACGAGGAGCUAUUGACCACCUCAAUUAUCAUCUCUUCGCGGAGGAAUGUAGAACAACCACUGAGGUAUUUCAUAGAUUACUUGGUGCAUUUCAUUCCGCUCAUGCAUUGAUUUUACAAGAAGGUGGUCUUCUAACAACACUUUGUGUGGCUGUUGCAGUACAACUGAAAGAAAGUAACACAUGGGUGCUUUGUGUUUGUAAUGUCGGUGAUUCACUGUGUUUUGUAUACAGUCCGGAAACUGGUGUUCAGGAGAUUACAAUUGCUUCACACGACAUAUGCAGCAUGCGCGAUAUGCGUGAUGCAGGUGGUGCAUUGGGACCUGUUGACGGCACGAAUCCUCAGUUGCACAAUCUUACAUGUUCGAUGACAUUCGUAGAACCAGAUGAUGUGAUAUUCAUAACAUCGGAUGGUGUUUCUGAUAAUUUUGAUCCGGUAGUUGGGAAAUUUUGUGUUAUCAAGAGGUCGUCAGAACCAGUCAUUCUUUCUGAAAAAUGCGAGCCAGUUGCAGUGUCAGUAGGUAGUGAAGGUAAAAAUCGAGAUGUUGAAUUUGCUCGAAUACGCACCUGCAAUGCGUCACUUCCAUGUGUUGAUGCUGAGGAGCGUCAUGAGUUAAUGUUGUUAAGGAUGGGUGAUAUAAUUUCGAAUGGUAUCCUCCCACCCAUGUCAAGAUUAAGAUCUUCACCGGCACGUCGGUCACGAUCACCGAACAGCAAUGGCGUUAUUGUUAGUGCCAGCAAAUUGUGCCAUAAUCUUAUUCAGUUCGCUCAGCAGCUAUCCAUGGCAAAGCGCCGAACCUUGGAAGAUCCGGAACUUUACCAAAUUGAGAAACGUCUGACAAAAAGUGAACAACGUAAUCAUCGCAGAAUGGUGCGAUGUAAAUUAAGCGAGAUGCCUGGAAAAUUAGAUCAUGCAACGGUUGUAGCCUUUAAAGUGGGGAUUUGGCCAAGUGAUAAUGAUGCAGUAAGCGAGAGAUCAUUAUUAGCAAACGACUGUUUGAAUGAUUCGCUUUCAACUUUACACUGUGAAAACGAGGAACAGGUGGAUGUUAAGUCAUUGGUGGUGAAAAACAUUCAGGAAGAAAUGACAUGCAAUGUAAAUUUCGCCGUACAAAACGAUUUCAUCGUACAUGCACAAACUUCCGUGCCAUGUAGUGAUCCAGAAAGGGCAACUGCAACACUAAAUGUGAAUGCUGAUAGUGCACAAUUCGAGUUAGCUGGAAUGAAUGAAAGAAUGAGAAAUAGAAACCCUUAUCAAGGGAUACGAAAAUCAAAUAAAUCAGAUAAUGUUAAAAUCCAGCAGAAGCAUCCUCGUGGAUCAGUUGGUCGUCAUACACUUUCAGUGGAUGUCGCAUGGCUAAAAAAAAUUACAGUGCUCAAAAAUUCUGCAAAUGGAUCCAUAAAUGAAGAAGAAAAGACAAAGGACAGUUGCGGUGUGGAAAUUGAAAGACCACAAAUGUUGUCAUUGCGUCAACGCAUUCGUAGUCUUAUGGGCUCAGCUCGCAGCAUAAUCCAGACAAGUGCUGCCGGAACACCAAACAGGGAAUUAUCUUCACGUAAUCCGUUCUCGAAGAAAGUAUCUUCCGCUAAUUCAUCGCCAAGGAAAAAAUCACACGCUUACUAACAUUUACUUAUGCACUGUUGAUUAAUUAAUCGAAAAUCGUACUCAACUUUUGAAAAUAUAAAAAGAAUUGUAUAAAUUGAUUGCCAAG